GGGCUUUUACACAAACUAUUUUUAGUAUAAAAAUAUUUGAACGAAAUCUACAAAUUGCCGAAUAGGUCAUUAUGGAUACAUUAUGGAUUCCUAGUAGGGAUUUGGAAAGCUAAUGGGUUAAAAAAAUCUAGUUAAUUAUAGGCAGAUCAAAUACUGUUAUUGAAUUGUUUACAAUUUUUUCACGAAAUAAAUAAAUAUAGGUGCAGAAAUUUUGGACAUAACAGGAACACUUAAGUCAAAAUAUAUACAGAGUGAAAACUUUAACUGGAACAAAUUCAGUAACUUAGGAAAUAAAGGUUUUAUUGCAUGAAAAUAGAACAUGUUCUAUUUUAGGACAGGUUGGAUCAGCUGAUUAGUUGCAUCGUGUGACCACCAAAAAAUCGCAAAGUCGCCGCGAGAAGUUGCACCGUCAGACAUGGACUUUAGGUAUUCUAUUAAAAACACAAAUUUAACUUUAACUUUUUUUUUAACAGUGAAGUAAGGUAGCAACAGGAGUUCUACCCCAAUUUCGGGAAUUUUCCUAUGUUAAAUCCCAUAAGAAAAAUCCAAGGUCCAAAAAUUCCGAUUUUUUCACCCAUUUCAAGGCCUCACCCUAUUACGCUUAAGUAUUUGCUCGGGAUACACUCGGUAAAUAAUUUGCGGUUAGCGAUAAAAAUUAAUGAUUCUAACGAGCCAGCAAGCUGAAUAAAAAUUUAAUAAAAUGAAAUUAAUAUAAAUUUCAUUUUUGACGCCAUUUUGAAUUGUAACGUCAUUUCAAUUAUAUGAAGAAAAUUAUGCAUGUAAAAUGCAUUACAAUUAUAUUGUUGUUAGCAGAUAAAGUAAGUUAAUUUUUUAUUAUAUUUAUAAUUUUUUUUAGAAAUUUAGAAAUUUAACGUAAUGACAAACCAAACACUCUCAACCUAUGAAGAUUUGUUUGAUUUAUUAGAUCGGGAAUUGGACUGGUUGGAAACAAAAUUUGAAACCCUCAUUAAUAAUCCUAUGCUAUUAGAUGAUGCAUAUAAUGAUGUUUUAGAUGAUUGGUAUCCGAAUAUUGAAGUACGUGCAAAAGAGGGAGAUGUUUGGAGGAAUUUAUAUAUAAUGGAUUUAAGUGGAUUUAAUAGAAUUAGUAGCAUAACAAAAAUGCAUCAUUUAAAAACCCAAAGGGAUCUAGAUGUAAAAUAUUUAUUAUAAUUCCUGUUCUAACUCGCGACUUAAACAUCGGUAUUACAAUCUACCAUUUAACCCGUCACUACGUUUAGUUUUUACUCCCGCCCCUACAUGCUUAAAAUUAUUUAACUGUACUUUGACAUCGUUUUAAUUGUCCAAUGUCAUUUUUUUAUAUAAAUCCAUCAAUAAUAAUUAUUGAUAAACUGUGCUAAUAAAAAUGUAAGUAGCGCAACAUACGUCAAAAUAUAAAAUGAAGUUUGUAGAUAUGGAUCAUAUUAUAUGGCACAUACUUGUACAGCGUAAGAUAUGGAGAUAUUAUGUGUUAGAUUUAUGUAUGUAGCCGGCUAUAACAAUAAUCUCAAAAUUUAGGACUUGGUUCACGUUACGAUAAUAAUAUAAUUUGUAACAAAGUACACAUCAACGCAUAUUGUGUUGCCUACCAACACGUAGCUUUGUAAUAUCCUGAAGUUGUUAACCAAUGUUUUUGACAGUACGGCGUCAUGUUUGGUUUUCGCGCUGUUUUGUAGUUUUCCUUAGAAAAUAAAUAAUUAGAUAGAGAAGUUUGUGUUUUACGACUGCACGACCUGUCCACUACAAAUUUAAAUAAUUAAUAUUUUAGGGAAGAUUUCACUAAAAAAUUUAAGAAAUCAGCUACGUACUAGAGGGCGUUAGUUGGGAAGACCAGCCAGUAAUAAUUCUAAAAAAUAAAUGUAAGUAUAAAAAGAAGGGUGAAUUUAAACUUUAAACGUUUAUAGGGUGUUUGAUUAGACCAAAUGCGUACGUGAGUAAUUCAAUUAAAAAUUUAAAUACUAAUUAUAAUAUUUUUACAGUGAACCUACCACGUAGUAAGUAUACAAUAAAGCAUACUUACUCUGUAAAUGAAAAAAAAAGCCUUUUAGUAAAAUCAUGUUUUCAUUUUAUAGAAUUUCCACUAUGGAGGGGGUGGUCAUGGUUAAUGAUCCGCAAGUAGUAUAGAAUUUUAUUGUUCACUGCUAAAUAUUUAUUUUAGGGAUGACUACCUCAAUUAAAAUUAUAUAUAUUAUAAAUAAAAUAUAAAGUGUUAACAUCUGACCCCGAUAUUAAGAGAAAAAGGAGGAUGCUAUAUAAAGAUGGGCAUGACGAUAAUGAGGUUGAUGGAAUUAUGACAAAUUUUGGCGUUAGCAAGAAGGCAAAUGGGGUUAAAUCAUCUGUUAUCAAAACGGAGAUUACAUUUGAUGAUUAUGUGGAACAGAUGGGGCAUUAUAAUAUAAAAUUAAAAACAUAGUAAUGUAUAUUAGGUUUAGAUAUAAGUUAAGAUGUAUUAUUUUGUACGUUGUUUUAAUAAAUAUAAUUUCAAUAAUAUUUUUAUGAUUUAAACCCUCCACCUACCCCCUCCCGACACAAGAAUGUUACAACCUUCCCAUGUUUUCUGUAGUUACGAAUAAAUAUCAAUAAUCUAGUUGAAUAUUAAUUUUAUUUAACCAAUAGUAGCAUAACAAAAUUAGAUACGAUAUAUUUUUUAUUUACCCUGUAUAUAUUAAUUAAAACAAAAAAGCAAAAGAUAAAACGGGCUGAAUAAAACCACAACAUGAAAUUUCGGGAUAGCUUUUGUAAAACAUUUAACACCAUUAUAAUAUUGGUGCAAAUAAAAUAUUUCUAUCCGUAUUUUUUUGGUCUAAUUUACGAGAUAAUGCGCAAUAUUACGUAAAUGAGAUCAUUAUUCGCUGCUCAUGCCACACCACAUCUGUAUUUUUUUAUGGUGUGAUAAUUAAAGCCCGGAUUUUAAGGCAUUAUGCUUAUCGUUUAAAUUACAAGCAAAUAUACGUAAAUUAAACAAAUAAAUAAAUUAUAUAAAAAAAAUUAAUAGAGCAUUAAUUUAUUAUGCUUUUUUUGCUUUUUUUAAAUGUUAAUGCAUAUUUAAAUUUUUAUGCUUAUUUAAACUUUUUUUGAAUAUAAUAUUUGUUUUCAUAAUAUAUUAUAUAGUAAAUACUCAGAUUUUAAUGUAUAAUUAGGUAUUAAUUAAUAAACCAAAAUAUAUAUAUUUAGGUUUUAAUUAUAAGUAGGUUUAAUUUUUCAGUGGCGGCAUCUAUGAGUUAAAGACUUAAUUUAGUUAAUAAAAUUUGUAUCGCACUUUUGCGCCUUUGGGCCACCAAGAAGAAGAAGAAGAGAAAUGUUUUAAAUUUCUUGUCAUUGCAACAUAAACUACCAUAUUUGUUAUAUGUAAAUUACAGAAUAGCACUUAAUACCAUAGAAAAAGGAUACUAUUGAGUCAAUAGACUGAACCAGUCGACUGUUUAUUGUUUGUGGUGGUUUUAAUUAAAAAUGCCAAAAAGAAAGCCUACCGUAGACGAGUGGAUUAGAGAUUACAAGGAAUUAAAUUAUCAAAGUGGUAAAUUGUUUUGCCGGGCAUGUGUAAAAAUGAUACAAUGUGAAAAAAAAUAUAAUAUAAUACAGCAUCUUAAGACAACCCUGCAUAAGGAGUGUUUGAAAAAAUUUACAAAUAAGUCUAAACAAUCGACAAUUGGAGAAUCGUUAGCAUCUACUGGACAGAAUGAACAAAGGGAAUUUUAUUUUGACUUAUGUAAAGCCAUGGUUCAAUCCAAUAUACCCUUAAAUAAGUUGAAAAACACUAACUUUAAAACCUUUUUGGAAAAAUACUGUAAGCUGCAUAUACCAGAAGAAAGCACACUUCGAAAAAAUUAUGUCAGCUUAGUAUACAACGAAACCAUCCAUGAAAUCAAAGAAUUAAUUGGAAGUAACUAUAUUUGGUUUACAGUUGACGAAACCACUGAUGUUUGUGGAAGAUAUAUUGCAAAUCUAAUCAUAGGAGUUCUUAAUGAAGACGUUCCAACCACGGGAUAUUUAAUCUGUUCCAAGGAACUGGAUGCCACAAAUAACAACACAGUUUCGAGAUUUAUAAAUGAAGCACUAAUAAACUUUUACUUACCAGAAUCAGUCCCCAGUGACAAAAUUUUACUUAUGCUAUCGGACGCUGCAGCUUAUAUGGUAAAAACCGCCUCAAAUUUAAAAGUGUUUUAUGGCAAUCUAAUUCAUUGUACUUGCCUAGCUCAUGGGUUAAAUAGAGUCGCUGAAACCAUAAGACAACAAUUUCCUCUUGUUAAUGAACUUAUAAAAAAUGGUAAAAAAGUUUUCAUUAAGGCUCCUUUGCGGGUGCAACUCUUUAAAGAACAACUACCUAAUACUCCACUACCACCUGAACCAGUUUUGACGAGAUGGGGAACUUGGUUAGAUGCUGCAUUAUAUUAUGCAGAUAAUUUUGAAAAUUUCAAAAAAAUUAUAUUUGAACUGCCUGAGGCAGCAAGUAAGUCAAUUAAAGACUGUCAAGUAGUUUUAAUUGAAAAAGAAUUAAAAAAUAACUUAGCCUUUAUUAAAAGUAACCUAAGUUUUGUGAGUAAGACAAUAAAGCUCCUUGAGAAACAACAAAUGUUACUGGUUUCAUCUAUCAAAACUAUUAACAAUUUCGAAGAUGCCAUUGACAAUAUUCCUGGACCAACCGGUCAAAUAUUAAAAAAUAAGCUUAAGGAUGUCUUGUCUAAAAAUGAAGGCUUUCAAAAAUUAAAAACAAUAGCUAUGGUUUUGGAAGGAAGUAUUGUUUCAGACUUAAAAAUGCAUCCAGCACUUAUGGCAAAAUUUAAGCAUGCGCCUAUAACAAGUGUUGACGUGGAGAGAAGUUUUUCAGCUUACAAAAACAUUUUAAGUGAUAGAAGACAAAGCUUUACAACCGAAAAUUUAAAUCAGCAUUUAGUUAUUGCUUCUUUCUACAGAAACUAAUGUUUGGAUAUACUUUUAUAUUUUAUUUUGUUAUAAAAAAAAUUUGUUUAUUUUAUUUAUAUUUUAAUUUUUUUAAUGCUUAUUUUUAUGUUUAACGUAGGUAUAAAAAUUAUUUACAUUUAAAAUGUUAAUAAAGAAUAAAUUUGUUUAAUUUUUUUUAUGCAUUUUAUUGAUUUUUAAGCUUAUUUUAUGCCUUUUUUCAAAAAAAUUAACUGCUUUUUAAGCGCUUAUUUCAGGUUUUUUUAAGCUUUUUAAUCCGGGCUUUAGUGAUAAUUUUUAUUUUAAUUAAAAUUUAUAAUUUCUAUUAAUCCAUUACAUGGCAUUGUGCUUUUCUCUUACAUAUCAGUUUUGUUUCACAAAAGAUUCCUUUGAAUUCUUUUAUACAAUUUUUUUAAAUAUUUAAAUUUAGCUUUUAUCUUUUUUAAACAUAUAGGAAUUACUUUAAAAUGUAUUUUAUUUGCAUUUAUCGUUGCAUAUAACAAUAUCUAAACCUUAAAUUUAUUUAUGUUAUUAAUAAAAGCUAGAUUUAAAUAUUUACUAAAUUUGUAUAAAAGAAAUUGCAGGCAAUAUUUUUUUAAAUAAUAUUCAGUUUGCUGGCUCGUUAAAAUCAUUCAUUUUUAUCGCUAACCGCAAAUUAUGUACCACGUGUAUCCCAAGCAAAUAUAUAGGGCGUCUAUAUUAGACUGGGCCAAAAAAACUAUUUUUUUUUUAAGUAUAUCGAAAAUAUGGUUUGGGGUGACAAAAAAAAAUAUUGUGAAAGUUCAUAAUAUUAAUAUUAAGAAGUCCAUAAUAUUAAUAUUAAGAGGUCCAUCAUCGCAAUUUUAAUUUUCCUCAGCAAGUUUUUGUCUCAGAACUCCCAAACCAUUGAGUCGAAAAUAUUUUUUUUAAGAAAAUUCAAUGCUCUACAAAAAAGGUUAAAGUCAAAUUUUCCGUCAGAUGAACCGUUUCCUUAAAAUCAUGCCUUAAAAAUUGGUAUAGUUUUACAUUUUAAUCUUUUAAAUUGGAAUUUUGUAAUUCAUGUAAAAAUCAGUACCCAUAAAAAACCGAUAAAUAUUCUUAUGGGAAAUCAAAUGCUUUACAAAAAAAAAACCCAACAUUUUUGGCUAAAUUCACUCAAUCAAAAGUUAUUCAAGGUUAAAAUUUCGUUUUGACUUCAAAUUUAACCUUGAAUAACUUUUGAUGGAGUGAAUUUAUCCAAAAAUGAUAGAAGACUUUUUUUGUAGAGCAUUUGAUUUCCCAUUAGAAUAUUUAUCGGAUUUUUUUCAGGGUACUGAUUUUUACAUUAAUUACAAAAUUCCAAAGUUAAAAGAUCAAAUUGUAAAACUAUACCAAUUUUUAAGGCAUGAUUGUAAGAAAACGGUUCAUCUGACGGCAAAUUCCAAUCAAACCUUUUUUUCUUCAAAAAAUAUUCUCAAGUCAAUUUUGUUAAACUCAAUGAUUUGGGAGUUCUGAGAUAAAAACUCGCACAGGAAAAAAAAAUCUAAAAUUGCGAAGAUAGACCUCUUAAUACUAAUAUUAUGGACUCAAACUUUCACCAUAUUUUUUUUUUGUGACCCCAAACAAUAUUUUCGAUACCUAUACUUUACAAAAAAAAAAUAGUCGAUUUUUUUGGCCCAGUCUAGUCUAUAUACUCCUGAAAAAUUAUACAAUAUAUUCCUACUGGUAUUAGGUUUUUAAAUUUUGAUUUUAAAUUUCCCGCCACGGUGGAAUUUUGGACCCUAGAUUUUCCUACGGGAUUUAACAUGGGAAAAUGCCCUACUGCUGUUGCUACUUUACUCAGCGAGUCGGGAAAAAAAUAAACAACAAUUUUGCCCAAAUUGUGCGGAUUUACCUUAACCAAGUGUUCCACAACCCAGAUAGCACACAACGUCUUGAAGAUGUCUUUUGUAUGUCUGUAUUAUGCCUGAACGUCUGAAGAUCUAAAAAAGACGUCUAAAAGAUGUCUUUUGAUAGACGUCUUAAGGAUAUCUUCAUUUAAUGUCCUAAAGACAUCUUAUAAACGCCUGAUAACGCCGCUUAUUUUUUUUUCAUUAUUUUGGUAAAAUAUUAACCACUUAAGACAGCAAACAAAGUCUU